AUUUUCACUUGUCAACAAAUGGCAGUCGCUGUUUACACUGUGAAAUUUACCAAAUGAAGAUUUCAGUCUGAAAAAAUUAAUUUACUCUUAACCAAAUUUAAUUUGGUUCUUCAAAAAGUUUACUAUCCCACCUAAAUAAUAAUUUUAUACCCCAAUUGGUGGAAAUUAUUAAAUAAUUUUCACAUUUUACUUGAUUUUUUGAAAAUGCAUCAGUGUUUUUUUCAGUGUAAAUGACGUUUUAUGACAGCAAAAAGUGGCUCCCCCAUUUUCACCGCGAUUCGCCGUGAAGAAAAACAAUAACAAUUUUUUUGUAGGAAGUAUUUUUUCAAGAAAAUCUAAAGCAAAAUGAAUCCAGAAAUGAGUACUUCUGUGCAAUCUCGAAAGACAGGACCCCAUGGGACGCCAGAGAGUGAAUUCAGUAUAGAGUGCUUUCAGAAUUAUCUGGCUCCAGAGGUGUUUGUGCAAGGUCUCGCGGGGAUCGUCAAUCAGGGAGAAGUGGAAAGGAUUAUCUACAAUCAGAAGCAAAUGUUGCAGAGAUUCGAGAAGACCAAUGAAAUGACCCUAAACUGCAACAUCUUGAGUGCUAGUCGCUUGAAAAAAGCCACAGAAGACCUGAAGGAACACACAAAACUCCUGCAUGAUAUGAAAAAGGAUUUGGACUACAUCUUCAAGAAGAUUAGAACAAUUAAGGGAAAGCUAACGGCUCAGUAUCCGCAAGCUUUUGCAGAAUUGGAACCACAGAGAAAUAGCUUUGCCGAAGAGGCAGAAGAUGAGACAGAAGGAGCAGUUGCCAAGGCUGCUGAAGAGAUCACAGAGGCACCAGUAGCAGCAGAAGCCCAAGGAGGCAAGAAAAAGCUGUUUAGCAAGAAAUCACAGGAUGUGGAGUAUGUUCAAAUGGAAUCUGAUAACAAUGCCAGUGGCAGCAAUUUAUCUAAUCGCACCAGUUCAACAGAUAACUCCAAUGAUUCCCUCUCUGAUACUGGCUAAGGGAUACUUUAGGAUCCCUUCUUGCUCUUACCAUUCCGCUUUUAGCCCAUUGUUGUUAAAUAAAUUAAUUUAUUGUUUUUUCGCUUCAAAA